GCGCCCCCGACAGAUGAACUUCGGCGAUGCUGCGGACGGGACUCACGGAACUCACUCGCUGCGUCUAAAAGUGCGAGAAACUUCUUUAAAGCGGUCUCUUCUGUAUUAUAGCGAAAACCCAAGACGAUGAUGACGGGAGCUCGCGUGUGUGCGGUGAUCGCUCUCGUGAUGUGCGCGUGCGGCGCGUGCGAGGCGGGAUGCGCGGACAGACCGACGCCGAGAUGCUGUCCGGGACGAAAUAACGAGUGCGUGGAGAGGAGCGCGAGGAGAACCGUGUGUUACUGCGACACAUACUGCCGAAGGAGCGGCGACUGCUGCGACGAUUACCGGCCCGUGUGCCACACGUCAGCUAUAGACUGUGAGGUUCGGCAGUGGGGUCCCUGGUCUCCGUGUUCGUCCGUCUGUGGGGCGGGGACUACAGAGCGAAGCCGGCAGGUAGCCACGCCCCCUCAUAACGGAGGCACGCCCUGUCCCGACCUCAAACAGCGCCGAGGAUGUCUCGCACACACAGAGACCUGCAGCGCUGCUAAAGAGGUGGCCAAAAUCCUGCCCGACUCAUUCAGGCGGAACUUUAAGGACCCCUGGAGACGGCCGCACAUGCUUAUGAAGGAGGAGAAGAAGAGUUACUGUGUGCGGAUGCGUGUGAAGCAGGCGAGCGCUGCGUGUAAGAUGAGGCCGUGGAGCGCCGGAUUGGUUCUGGAGCGCUCCGUGUGCAUCGAGUGUCAGAGCGACGCCAUGACGGAUGAUAACCGCUGCGGCGGAGACGGGCUAAACAACAUCAGAACCUUCUGGUCGGCCGCUUCAGCUCCGGGUUGCUCGGGGUCCUGGGUUCGAGAGUCAUUUACCGAGGACUGUCGGUGUCCGUCUUACUCCAUGAUAUUCGUCUGAACUCAAUUCGAGGAACACAGUUGCUCCAAAUGAUUCCACAGGACUCUGUCAUGUGAAACCAAAUUCUCUCUGUCAAAAGUUACCAUAUUUUUCGGACUAUAAGUCGCACCUGAGUAUAAGUCACAUCAAAAAAUAAGUCAUGAUGAGGAAAAAAACAUAUAUAAGUCACAUUUAUUUAGAACCAAUAGAAAACAUUACGGUCUCCAGCCACCAGAGGGCGCUCUCUGUCUUCAGUGUAGACUACAGGAGAACUGAGCGCCCUCUGGUGGCUGGAGACCAUAAUGUUUUCUAUUGGUUCAUUUCUCUUGGUUCAUGUCAAAUUAAUUUUGAUAAAUACCUGUGUUUGAUAACACACCUGACUAUAAGUCGCAGGACCAGCCAAUUUAUGAAAAAAAAGUGUGACUUAUAGUCUGGAAAACACAGUAAGCAAUCUGUCAGAUUCCUGUGUUUCCACCAAACCACCACACAUCCCUGUUCUCCUGAAGCUUUGCUGUCUCCCCCCAUAAUGCACCUGUUUCUGAUGCCUUCGAUUAUAGACUUUUAUAUGUCACUCUGUUCUGUUGUUCUACCCCCUUCUUCUCCUAUUUCUGAUUCACACGUACUGUAUUUAUAAAUGUUUGAAUGUACUUCUGUGUGUGUUUGAAUGCAUAACUCAUCAAUGCACGAGUCGGCUGAAAGACAAGCUAAUGCACAUGAAUGUUUCUAUUCGGUAUUCGGUAGAAAAUCCCUUCUUUGGACGUUUUCAAGUGUCUACAGUGCCUUAUUGAACGCCACUUUCACACUUUUUCGUUUUGUGUGCAUGUUCUGAAAGCUGUGUUGGAAACUGCACUCGAUUCCUCAUGAAAAAACUCAAAGUUAUACGAUUAAUGUGUUUUGAGUUGGUAUAAAAACAAAGCGGCGUGAAAGUAUGCUGCUCAUCUUUGCAGAAAUUAUCUUUUCAUAAAAUCCAAUAUAUUUUAUUAAAAUAAAUUUCCAAUUUAUUUAUUAUCUCAGCAUCUCUGACUCUUUUACACACAAGUGUAGUAUAAUAAAAUAAAUGCUUGUUUUUUUUUUGUAAUAUCUCACCAGUUUUAUUGAUGCUUUUGUAUGAUUUUGUUGCCUUUUGUUAUUUGCAAUGCUAUUCUUAUUCCCAUCACACAUUAAACAGUCAUUAGCAUUGCUUUCAGUGUCCUAAUUAGCACGUCAGUGUGAUUCUGAUGCUGUGGUCACCAGUAUUUAGCGUGCAUGUGCUCAUUACAGAUCAAAGGGCUCGUUUUGUGUACAUGCACCCUUCUGCACACAUACUACGCUCACAACUUAUAUUUUUGUGGCAUUUUUUGCAUGCUUUCUCAGUAGCAUGUUAAGUACAGUAUACUUAAGAUUCAGGUAAUCAUGUGUUUUCUCACUGACACGCUUGAUGUUCAGUUUGUAGGACGGAAUGUGCAACCAGCAGUUACCAAAUUUGUUAUACUUUUAUGCUUAAAUGCUUUUAAUGAUUUUUGCAAAAGAAAACA